AUGGCUUCCUUGCGCCCGAAAACAAAGUUAAAACCUAAAUCUAAAUAUAACAACGGCCUACCUCAGUUUUACUCAUAUAAAGACAAAGCUAUCACAAACGAUUAUUCAUCACACCAAUAUAUUCGGUUGGCCUUUAAUUUGUACCACAGAUACAGUAUGUUGGUUAAAUUGUUUUUCAUCUCUUUAGCAAUAUACUUUACUUAUGACUGGGCAUUCAGCUCGUCGCCUGAAUCCGGUAAGAAGCUAACAAGCGAAGAAUUGUGGGCAUCACGUAAACUGGAAGUCAAGAAUACUUUUCUGCAAAGCUGGAAUGACUAUGUCAAGCAUGGAUGGGGAUAUGAUAUUUACGCUCCAGUCAAACAGACUGGUAAAAAUAUGGUUUCAAAGCCGUUAGGGUGGAUCAUUGUGGAUUCCCUUGAUACAUUGAUGUUAAUGGGUUGUGAAGAGGAGUUAGAAGAUGCAAAAAAUUGGGUUGAUAAGGAACUUGAUUAUGAUAUCAAUGCGGACGUUAAUGUAUUUGAAACUACUAUUAGGAUGCUGGGUGGGUUACUUUCAGCGCAUUAUCUAUCGGAUGAUGAUGAUACAGUAUUUCUAGAAAAGGCUGUUAUUUUGGGUAAUAAAUUGGUGUCUGCUUUUGAUACCCCUACAGGAAUACCAGUUAUGGAACUUAACCUGAAAAGCCAAAAGCCAGGGAAGCAAGGUUUUCCCGCUAUGGGCGCAUCGACCUCUGAAAUCGCAACACUACAGUUGGAGUUUAAGUAUUUAUCGAAUUUGACAGGUGAAGCUUAUUUUUGGGACGCUGCAGAAAAGGUCAUGGAUAUUUUGGAUUCUAACCAGUACAAAGCGCCAGGAAUACACAAUGAAUAUGAUGGGUUAGCACCCAUCUAUGUUAACCAGUUCAAUGGAGAAUUCAAAAAAGAACUGAUUCGUUUAGGUUCACGUGGAGAUUCCUACUAUGAAUAUCUACUAAAACAAUAUCUACAGACAGAUGAAAACAGAUAUUUAGAAAUGUACGAGCACGCGUUCAAAGGCAUUAAAAAGCAUUUAAUGAGAAGAUCAUAUCCUAAUAAGCUUGUUUAUUUGGGUGAGUUGCCAAACGGAAUUAACGGAGAACUUGACGAUAAAAUGGACCAUCUAGUCUGUUUUAUUGGUGGGUUGUUUGCACUUGGUGCUACUAGAGGUUUAACUGAAAGCAAUGCAAAAUCUCAGCCUUGGUGGAAUGAGUUACAGCAAGAACAAUUAGAUCUGGGUAAGGAGCUCGCUAAAACAUGUUACCAUAUGUACCACGAUACGCCUGGCACUGGCCUGUCACCUGAGAUUGUUGUUUUCUCACAAGGUGGCAAGAAUGAUCUUAAUCCUGAUCAUAGAGGAACUACAUGGAGCAGUGGUGGGGACUUCUAUAUCAAGCCAAACGAUAAACAUAAUUUACAGAGACCGGAAACUGUUGAAACAUUAUAUUACCUAUAUAAAAUUACUGGUGAUAUCAAGUACCGUGAGUGGGGAUGGGAAAUAUUUGAGAACUUUGUGACACAUACCAGCAUAAGUGAUCCUAAUGGCAAAAAUGUAAGGUAUACGACCUUGAAAGACUGCACUGUUUCCCCUUCAGUCAAAGCAGAUAAUAUGGAAUCAUUUUGGUUAGCCGAAACUUUGAAAUAUUUGUACCUUCUGUUUGAUGAUGAAACAGGCACUACUUUAAAGGGUGAAUUGAAGAACGGUAAACCAGAUAAAUGGGAUAUUAAAAACAUGGUGUUCAAUACAGAAGCACAUCCAUUGCCUAAAUUUGAUAGAAGUAAAUUUGUAAAAGGUACCGGUGAAGCUGCAAAACUUCCAAAUACAUUUGUUAAAGAUAAUGAGGAAAGAAUUAGAAAGGUAAAUGAAGCUGCCGACGCGCUGAAAAGAAAGUUGGAUGUUGAAGCUAAUAAAAAAGCAAGUUUAGAGCAUGAGGAAGCCUUUGCGGAUGAUAAAAAGGUGGAAGCAAUCAGAGAGAUGCGGAUGAAUGAUGAUGUUCACGAAGAAUUCAAUUCUGAGUAUGUUGCAUUUGAAGAAAAGCUAGAAGCGGGACCAAAAGAUAGUUCUAAGAAAGAACAACCAGUGGAGGAUGAGUUCUCUGUUGAUGACAUUGAAAAAAAUCUGAAUCAGAGGCACAGUGAUAAGCAGGACACUAUUUCGAAUGGUAAUUUGGCUAAAACAGAGAAGGAAAAAGGGGUGGAAGUCCCCGCAGAGAGGACAACGGCUUCGAAAGAUGAUAUCUCAAAGCCUUUAAAUGUACAAGCGGAAGAAGCCAAAAUUGAAUCUGACCUGAAAUUAACUCAGAAGGACGAAAAGGAGGGUGUAAAACUUUUGGAUAACGAUGUUGCAAAGCCCUUGGAUGAACAAGUUAAAGAAGUGUUGGCAGAAGCUGAGGAAAAGAUGAAAGAAUCAGCAGGUGGCGUUGGUGACACUGCCAUUGGAAAUCAGAAUUAG